CAUUGGUUUGCUCACUCCCUUAUGUGAUGAAUCAAUGCUUCCAGAACGGGGGCUUCCGAGUGACUGCGGGAACAAUUACUUCCAAAUGAACUCGUGCAUCUUAGCAGGAAGCUCUCAGACCACACCCCAGGUCUCGCCUGGUGAUUCUGAAGCCAAACCUCUGAUCUUCACAUUUGUCCCCACUGUCAGAAGACUACCAACCCACACUCAGUUGACUGACACCUCUAAAUUCCUUGUUAAAAUUCCUGAGGAACCAAGUGAUAAGAAUCCAGAAACUGUAAAUAGGUCUAAUUCCAAUGAGUACUUGACCUUGAAUGCUGGGAGUCAACCAGAGAGAGACAGAGGGACACUGAUUUAUCCUUCAGAGGUCAGUGGAAAGAUUUCACAAGAAAGAGGUUUCAAAGCAGACAAAUCUCAAGGAAUGCAGCAAAGUGACCUCUUCAAAGCUGAAUAUGUCUUUAUUGUGGACUCUGAAGGGGAAGAUGAAGCUACAACCAAGAAAGCUGAACAAGGUCCCUCAGUGGGAAUGGGCACAACAGUUACUCGGCCCAAGUCUCUGCCAAUCUCCUCCAGUUUGGCCUCUGAUGUAGUUCGCCCCAAAACUCGGGGUGUAGACCACCAGGCUCCAUCACAUCCUGAAAUUCCUCCUGGGAUGCCCUCUCAGCAAAAGCAGGGGGAAUGGACAUCUUCUCCCACUACCUCUGAGCAGCUUGCCUGUAAAGCACCUGCUUUCUCCUUUGUUUCUUCAACUAAUCUGAAAACACCACCUGACCCAGUUAACCUCGACGGAGCCUCUGUCCUAGAGGAGUUCCACACUAGGAGACUGGAUGUCAGUGGGGCCCUGGUAGAAGAAACAGCUACGUAUUUUCAAACUUCCGCUCACUCUUCACCUUAUUUUGCAUUGAAGGGCACCUCUUCAACGUCAGAGUUUCCCCACUCUACUCAAUUAUCAGGUUCUAAUUUAUCCAGUUCAAGUACAGCAGCUCAAAGUCCUGGACUGAAGUCUGAAGUUCUGAAGAAAUCAACAGAUUUAACUUCAGAUGUACUUAGCUCCAGAGAGAGUCCUAGAAUAUCUUCUUCUUUACCAUCCUCCAGUGCUUCUCUCAAGUCGAAUUCAGCCUUGUACAUACCAGUCCGUAUUGUCAUGCAUUCACUUUCUCCAAGUCCAAAGCCAUUUACCUCCUCUUUCCAUGGCUCUUCUUCCACUAUCUGUAGCCAAACGUCAUCUACUGGAAAUCUCUCAAAAUCAGGAGCGAAAUCCCAGGUGCCCUCCCGACUUUCCCUUCUCACUGCAAUCCUCAAGUCAAACCCAUCUCACCAGAGGCCCUUUUCCCCUGCAUCCUGUCCUACAUUCUCUCUCAACUCCCUGGCUUCUUCCACACUCACACUUGAUCAAAAAAUAAAGCAAGCCCCCCACACACCUAAAAAAUCUCUCUCAAGUUGCUCCCUGAGAGCCAGGUCUCCGGAGCAAGAAGAAAACCAGUUUUCUGAACAUAACCAGCAAUUCUUUCACUUGCCCCUUUUCACCAAAUCUGCUCCCUUUUCUCAGGUACUUGACCCUACUCCCACAAAACAUGCCACUGACAGCCUUCUUUCUUUGAAUGUAGAGAAAAUUCUGUCACCCACUUCUUUGAAGAGCAGUCCAACACUCUCCCUGCUACAAACCAAUAUAUCGAGUCCUGCAGGUCUUCCCCCCAUACCACCAAGCUUAUCUCCUCUUUCUUCAAAGGGCAAACAAGAUGCUGACCUCACAGGUCCAGAAAAAAACAAGAGUACUCACAUGCAUCCUUCUACAUCAGCCUCCUCUGAAUUCUCUUCUGUACCUCCUCCCACUAACCAAGGAGCCAUGAACUCCUCACCAGAGAAAAGUUUCCAUCCUUCCCCAAUGCUUUCAAAUCUCAUAAACAGAUCCAAGAAAACAUCACCACAGCUAUUUGGCCAGAGGGAGACUCCUUCAAUUCUUCCUUCACCCCCUGUCUCCAGUGCUAGUUCUGCUUCGCUCCACAAUUUGGGGUCUUCUUCUCUCCCUUGUGCUAAUCUACCUACCCAGGUGCUCCAGCUCAGUCCCUCAGCACUGCACGCAAAUUGUGGCAGUGGUAGUUUGCCUUCAAGACUUGGGAAGUCUGAAAGCUCAAUAUCUAACCACAGGUCAACUGUUACAACCCCAUCACCUCCCAACUCUCUCUCAAGAACCAAGGAGCUGAUUUCACCUUAUACAUUGUCCCUGUCAACAGACCCUGAAAAUAAGAAACCUAAGCAAUACAAGACCAAGUCAAGCUACAAGGCUUUUGCAGCAAUCCCUACAAACAUAUUUCUUUUGGAGCAGAAGGCACUGGAUGAACCAGUCAAGACAGAAAGCAGCUCCAGGGACAGCACACUAGACCCACCUCUGGAGUUGUGUUUCCCUGCACAGCUCAGGCAGCAAACUGAAGAGCUCUGUGCUACCAUUGAUAAGGUCUUACAGGAUUCCUUGUCUAUGCAUUCUCCUUCAAGCUCCCUCCAGACAUUGUUGAGUUCUGACACAAACAAAAUGCCAACAACUCUUCCGAGAGCAGCUGGUCGAGAAACUAAAUAUGCAAACCUCUCCUCAUUAUCAUCCACAGUAUCUGAGACUCAACUGACUAAGCCUGGAGUAAUUCGCCCUGUACCAGUAAAAUCCAAAAUAUUCCUGAAAAAGGAGGAAGAAAUCUAUGAGCCCAACCCUUUCAGUAAAUAUUUGGAAGAUAGCAGUGACUUCUUUUCUGAGCAGCUGAGUAAUCCAAUGGUGACUAUUCCUGAACAUGAAACUCUUGCUUCCAAAGAGCAAUGAAGUUGGAAUGAAAACUGAAAACACAGGCUGUGUUGAAGAUUUUUGGAGUGCCAGUGCUAAUCACUUGCUAGAUUUAAUUUUUAUUUUGUUCAGUCUCAGAGUUCCCUUUAUGAACUGCAGUUAGCGGUGAAUCUGAAAAAAGUGUCCUGCAGGCAUAUAAUGGAAGUUCUCUACUAACACCCUGCAUAGGAAAGAUUUACCUAUAGCAUCUUGCACCACUGUUAGUACCUUUAAUGCCUUCUAUUAAGCUGACAGCAAUACUAAUGUGUCCCUAUAUUUAGCAGCCAAAUAAAGAAGAU